AUGGGCACAGUGGACAGGGAAGCGGACCGUGAAGCGGGCAAGGCUGCGGAAGGCGUGGUUGCGGACGCUGCGGAGGUCAGAGAAGUCAUCGUGCGGGCCAGUGGCUUGUCAGCCUCUUGUACAUUUUCCUGCCCCUCUCUGUCUUCUGUCCGAGAUGUGAAGUCUUUCAUCGAGAAGGAGACCGACAUUCCCUCACGAGAACUUCGAGUUUGCUUCCAGGAACGUGAACUGAAAGAUUCCGAAAAGCUGAUAGGCAUCACCCAGCCUGAUGAUCUCUGUGAGCUCGAGUUGUCAUUCUUGCGGCGUGAUCCAGAACAAGCCCGUUGGCUGGAAGCAGUUAUGCAGGAUCCAGAUGGAAGUUUUUUGGCUGAGGCCCCUUCAAGCAUCCGCGACGAUGGCGAAGUCGUACUUGCUGCGGUCAUGCAGAACGGAAGGGCUUUGCAAUUUGCAUCUGAUCGGUUACGAUCUGACAGGUUCGUGGUACUGCAGGCGCUUGAGGAAGAUUCCUCAGCUUUCAAGUUUGCUGCAACAUGCCUGCAUGCGAAUCGGGACGUCAUGCUGGCAGCAGUUCAUCGCAAUGGUUUGACGCUCGAGAGUGCUGUUCGUGAGUUACAAGGCGAUCGUGAGCUCGUUUCAGCAGCGGUGUGCCAGAACGGCAUGGCGUUGCGCUUUGCCAGCGAAGUCCUGCAAGCUGACAGAAAGAUUGUGAGCAUGGCUGUAGAGAACGAUUGCAACGCUCUCCAGUUUGCGGCUAAAGAGCUGCAAAGCGACCGCGAGCUGCAAGAUAUGGAGCGCCAUGAAGCGUUGGUCCUCAAAGUCCUGCUUUCAUCCAAGGUGCGGCGGUUGCUCACGGUGGACUUGAGAGAUCAGCUGGUUCAGACGUUGACGGACUACAGGCGCCACUUUGAGCCGUCUGCUUUUGGAGCAGCGCUGGAAUUGUGGGAGCGCUGCUUUCGGGAGACGCGUCGUUCCGACGUUGGGCAUGGCCGCAGCAACGAGGCCUUUGCGGAUGAGAAAAGGACCGCGGAGGAGGAACGUGCCUCGGUCGCAGACGCGCUGUGGAAGGAUGAGGGACCCGGAUCCACUGAAGAGCUUUUCCGGCUCUUUGGACAAUGGUUCGUCUGGCAGUCUGCGUGCAAGGAGGCAGAGUUGGCCCUGCAAGUAUGUGACGAGGUUCCACGGGUACCAAUUGGAGAUGAGAUUGCCUGGAAGCGCCUAGGCCCCGAGAUCAAGAAAUACCUCGAAGGAUUCACAGAUGCAGUUCAGUCUUUGAUUGAAGAACUGGAGUGCGAGAAGGCGUUUUACAAUGAGGCCUGGGCAGCCCAUGGACUGGGCUCAGAACACCUGGCCGUGGCAGCAGCGGCCAUGGUGGCGGCAGUUAGGCCCCGGGUGGAGAAGCUGAAAGCCGGCGUGUGGCCGACGGGUCCUCCAGUCCUCGAGGUCCCUCCGGGGGGAGGGCGAUUAAUCCAGGUCCUGGAGGCAUUAGAUCGAGAAGCCAGCAGGCAUCGUGAAAGUCAAGUGCCACCAUCAGAGCCCUUGGUGGAUAUUCUGGUGCCUCACGUAACGUCAGCGCUGGCGGAGAGCUUGGCAGCGCUGGACAGGGACAUCACCUCGAAAGCCCUUGAUGGAGAUCCGGACACACUUUUCGUUCCGCUGCGGCCACCUUCCUCCAUCUACUGUCAGGCAGUGGUAACACUUUGGAGAUUCAUCCACGAUGCCUUGGAUGCUCCACUGAGUCUUGGCCUUCCGGUGGAUAUUGUGGUCAGCCCAUUCAUCAAAGACUUUCUUGGACAGGUGCUGCAACGCAGUGCGGACCGCCUCGUGAGAUCCUAUGAAGAUCGAGAAGCUUUCGGGAUGUCCAUUCGUGCCGCUCAAGUUGCUGGCGAACUGAAGAUUACGAACUGCGCAGUAGACUCUGACGAGGACGAAGGUCCCGCAAAGAUCGCUGACGCAAAGCGCUCACAUGGCAGGGGCAGGAAGAAGUUCCUCACCAAGCUUUCUGGAAAAAGCCUUCCUGAGGAGGUGACAAAAAACAGUGUCAUGGAGGUGCGACUUCUGGAGGUGAACCCGAAGGUGAUUGCAGCUCCAGUGCGGCAGGUCAUGGUGCGAUUGUCAUCGAUAGGGUUCUGCCUAGCAGAGCUUGCGGACGUGCACACCAAGCUCUUUAAGAUGAUAAACUCCGGCGAUGACGACGGCUGCCCCACUGCGCGACACAACGAAGCUCGCAUGCUGAUUUGUGAGGAGCUGCCUGAGCUUCAAGAGAGCUUGCUUCAUCAGGGCCAAACUCUCGCAAAGUACCUGGCAGCCCGCCUCGUAUAUCAUGAGUUGCGAGCCGAGAUCUUGCCUCAGACUGGAAGCUGA